AUGCCACAGAUCUCAAUCAGGUAUGAAAAUGAAGCAGAUAAAAUUAUGCAAUCUCUGCCCAUGAACAGCAUGGUACCACACACUCACACAAUGUUAAACCAGUCUUCAGGAUUGGUGGAAUUCAUUCUGCAUGGAUUCUCUGAUACUCAGGGAUCGGAGACAUUUCAGUUCAUUAUAUUUUUGAUCAUAUAUCUGAUCGCUGUCACUGAAAACCUCAUCAUCAUCACAGUCAUCUCUUACAGUGCUCAGCUUCACAAACCCAUGUACUUCUUUCUAGCCAAUCUGGCAUUCCAAGACUUUGGCUCCAUAUCUGUCACAGUCCCCAAAUCCAUGGCAAAUUCCCUGAUGAACAGCAAGACCAUUUCUUACAAUGGAUGCAUCUGUCAGGUUUUCUUCUUUGUCCUUUUCUCUGGAUCUCAUUUUUACCUCCUUGGAAUUAUGGCAUAUGACCGCUACAUUGCCAUCUGCUGCCCGCUGCACUAUGAGACUGUCAUGAAUAGAAAGGCAUGUAUCCAAAUGGCAAUCGGUGCAUGGAUUGCUGGGCUUCUGUAUUCUGCAUCAUACGCUGCUAGUACAUUCACAAUAGAGUUUUGUUCCAAUAACAUCAAUCAGUUCUUCUGUGAAAUUCCACAGUUAAUCAAAAUUGCUUGCUCUGAAUCAUAUCUCAUUGCAUUUUGGAAUACGUGUGUUGCUGCUUCUCUGGCCUUCAUUUAUAUUGUUCUAAUAGUGUAUUCUUAUGUUCAGAUCUUCAGGGCAGUUCUAAGAAUUCCUUCUGCCCAGGGAAAGGAAAAAGCCUUCUCAACUUGCUUGCCACACCUUGUUGUAACAUCAUUAUAUUUUCUCAUUGGUUCAUUAGUAUAUUUAAAGCCAACUUCUAAGUCUCUGUCAUCAAUAGAUCUUGUACUUUCAGUGUUUUAUUGCAUGUUGCCACCAGUCAUGAAUCCCCUAAUCUAUAGCAUUAGGAAUAGGGAACUGAAAUUAGCAUUAUGGAAGUUUAUUUCCAACGUUUUUGCUCAUUUUUUUGCACAAUCAUCAAUGCUCUUAAGGAAAUAA